GGAAAAAACGCACACACAUUCAAAGCAUUACCCCUUUCUUUAUAUAUACACACACACAUACUAAUAGAGAGACAUCUAUAGUUUCACUUACACAUUCUAAAAACUCUAUACCUUUAUCAAAGUCAGAGAAGUUCAAGAAGACAUGGCGAGAUCACCAUACUACGGUUCAUCGUACUUAGACUACCUCUCUCUCCCAAACCCACAUCUAUGUUUCUUCUUCAUGGUCGUCUUCUUCGUGUUCUCCUUCACAUGGUACUUGAACUACGAGUCAAUCCUCGAAGACACCAUGAAUAAUCUCAAGUUCUUCAUCAUCCUCUCCCCUCUCUUCCUCCUCCUCCUCGUCCACUUUUUCUCCGGCGGUCUCUCCUCCUUUGUCCCCUACCCUGAACAAGACUCCAUCCACCAUGCUGGCUCUUCCCCUUGGGGAGUUGCAGCCGUGCUAGUGGUCAUCUUGUUCAUGGUCUCGUACCAGUCAGACAUCCAUGAGAUGUGGUUCCCCUUUGGAGCUAAGUAGAUUUUAUCAGCCUGAUUUUUCAUUACCAGCUCUAUGUAUUAUAUAUGGAGCAACCAUGUUUCGCAUGUGAGAUGUUUAAGUAUGUGUAGGAGUACAACUUUUUCAGUCAUAUCAGAGUGUCCAUAUAUGUAGAUGAAGUUGUCUCUCUGUUUGUGUGAUCUGCUUGUACUCGUAAAUAUCGUAUGGUAACUGAGAGUCGAAGAAAACUUUUUUGAUGCAAUAGAAAGUUUAAUGGAUGAUGUAAAAGCUAAUAUCAACAAGACAACACUGCAUUGAUACCAAUAUUGUAACUAAUAUGUGUACAAUGACUUGGACCACUAAUGGUAGUAGUGGUUCUUCUUGUCAUUUUUUGACAAGUGGGAGUUGUUAUUGUCGUGAUUUUCACUUUUUCUUAAAGAGAAAUCGUCACAACGCCGUUAUAUAAUUUUUGCAGGAAUAAAAUAUGCUCCGUCACAAAAGAAUCUUGGAUACAGCUUAUCUGUUGCUAAUUUUUUUUAAAAAAGUUAUCGGAAACGUUGCAUUGUUUUGGUUAUAGAAAAGAGUAAUGUUGAAAGCAAU